AUGCUGACACGUUUAUGUUCUGUGACAGUUAUUCCAGUUCUCUUUCAGAAUUCAUUGCAUCAACCAAAGGAUCCUGCUGUGACAUUGGAUCAUAUAUUUGGAGUCGAACCAGCGAAGAUCACGAGCCCCUCAACAGAUUCCGAAAUUGCUCUAGCUCUUCGAGUUUUGGAAGGUUGUUGCCUUUUGUAUAGCAGAUGCACUGCUCUGGCCCACAAGUACAAGGCUGUGCAGGACUUUGAGGAAUACAGUGGACUUGAAAAGGUUGCUGAGCUUUUGAAGGAUGUUCAAGUGGAAGAACACAUAAGGUUGAAAUGCGGGGAAUUCCUACUGUUGCUCAUCGGCCAUGUUUAUGUGAAGGAAAACACUCCCAUACAUGAACAGAUGAGAAACCUUCUCGGGGAGCAGUGCGCGUCGCUCAUAUGGGCAGCGAGCCGGUUUGGAUCCACCCUCGACGCGGAUCAGAGGCAGAUGGCCCUGCAAAUACAAGCGAGGAGAGUCGUUGAAUCCUUGGAGCCCUACUAG